AUGAAUAUAAGUAUAAUUAUUAGAAGGUUAGAUAUAAGUGUAACGAGGGAAAAAAAAGAGAUCAAAAAGAUCACCGGAAAUAUUCUUGAAGCAACAAGUUUGACUGGAAAAUUUAAGGGAGAAGUGAUCCUGUUGCCACGUAUUCCAAUGAUACAGUCAGAAUCUACGAUACCCUUCAGAAGGCUACAGUUUCGUAUUCGUUUAGCUUUCGCAAUGUCUAUAAAUAAGUCUCAAGGUCAAACAAUGCCCAUUUGCGGUUUAGAUUUGGAAAAUCCAUGUUUUUCCCAUGGCCAACUAUAUGUUGCCUGCUCACGUGUGGGAAAACCAUCGAAUCUAUUUGUGUUAGCUAGAAACAGGUUAACCAAGAAUAUUGUCUACCGAUUAGUGCUGAAUUAA